ACAAACUCUUGACAAGCCUUCUUCUUUAAGAGGCGCAUCUCCGAAACUUGAACAGGCAGUAAGGAUAGAGAAGAUUCAUUCAGACAACUAGAAAACUAUUUAAAUAUAUCGCUGCGUGGACGAACACCGAAUCUUGGUUGAAACAGCACCUUUUUCUUUUGAAAAUCUUCAAUUUUACAUCUAUUUUUGAGGAAAACACAGAUUGAAACACACACACAAAAUGAUGAUGACCAAUGGACCAUCUUCAAAAUAAGACAAAACCAAAGAAUCCGAAGACACACCAAAAACCUCAAUCGUCUUUUCAUUUUUCGGCCUUCCUAAGUCAUCAAAGAGAUCAACGAUGCUUUGUCGAGCUACAAAAUUGCCGUUCAUUCCUGUUAUGAUGCUGAUUAUCACCACCCAAAUCUGGGCAGCACCGACAGAGAGAGAUCACAUGAAACCUCCAAGUCUUCUUCCUACUCAUUUUCAUUUGUCAGCUGCACCGCCAAGGUCUUCCGCCUUUGGUCAAAGCGAGUUCCUCAAACAAUGGCGUGUGAAUGGCAGAGCGUCUGGGACGGAAGGGACGAGACGAGGAGACCGAACCACCUCGAAGACUGCUGGCCUGAGAUACCAUUCGGGGGCAGACGGUUCCGAGAAGCGGGUCCAGAUACUUAAAAUGAUCUCAGUUCUUGAGGAGAUGCAUCGGACGUUCAACAGUACACUGAGCACAAGGAUCACCUUCCUGCCAAGAGGAAAUGCCAGAAAUCCAGGGCGAAAAAAUAAAAUGGCUGCAGUGAUGUUGACCACGGUCCUACCAGCAACCACUGAUAGCACGGCUUCCAGAGGGAGUGCUGGCGUCGUCGUUCCCAGCCUUACCGGCCGCGCCUCACGCAAGUCGCUUCCACCACAGUCCAAGAAGACCAACAAAAGAGUGUGCUUCUGGAAGUACUGCUCCCAAAACUGAGCUCCCGCGUAAACCCAUUGUGAGCCACUUUUCGCUCCCUUUAUCCAUCUCCUUUCCUCUAUGCAUCCAUCCAUUUGGCAUUAUGGCCUUUGCUUUGUCCUAGUUACUUUUGGAAAAAAAGAAGUAACUAUCACUUGACCAAAGUGUCGUCUAGCUUAUGCAAAGUUUUGAUUCAUUCCCUAUUCUCCACGCAUCCAUCCAGCCAACCAGUUUCCAUACCUUUCCUCUGGGCUCGCGUUUGACCUCUGCAUGCUAGGCAACAGUUGCUUGGACAUCAGCAGGCCACCACGGCGGCGCCAACACCGACAUAGACCUUUUUAUCCAACUCGUUAAUUAACAAAACUGACUGAUCAAAGAAGACGAUGUGUGCACAAGGCUCAGCACAUGGAAAAAAAAAAAAGAGAAAUCUCCAUUUAAUACCACCCCCACCUGCCUACAGACAGAUGCACAUGUUUUUUUGUGUAUGCCUUCUUUAAAUAAAGUCCUUUUCCAACAUGCCAAUGGCAACAAUAUAAACUGAUUUUAUGUUUUGUUUUUGCCUUAAUUUGUUGCUGAAUUUGUGUAAUGACUUAAUAAACUCAGUCAGUUGACUAACAAUACGACAGAAAAGGCAAUAUGGAUCAUCGCAUUGAGUUUAUAUGUAAUCGCAUCGUAGGAAUAGUUCAGUUUGCGCUCAAUUUGAGCAUAGCAUUACUGUCUACAUUGACAAAGGCUCAUGCAGUAAACCGAGUGCUGGAUUCCCGGGAAAGAGGCAGAUGAGUUUCAUACAGAGCAUUUUCAAAUGGAAGAAAACUGAGCAGCUGUGCAAAAUCUGUGGCAAAAGUGUGGCCAGAACAAGCCAGCUGAAGAGGAAUCAUAUAAAUCAAAGUUCCACUGUACUGCUAAUUUGUCUGAAAGAGAGCUGCAGCUAGCGUGUAUCAUAUAUUACUACAUUUUUUAAAUGAGAGAUGCAAGUAAACGUUUCUACACAUUUUUACUGUGCCGAUUCCGAAUCUGACCUCAUUUUUUUCUCCAGCUCAUAAGCUUUUCAUAAUCACAAUAACACUAUAAAACCAAUAAUCCGUGUGGCAGUAAUAUUUCUGAAUAAUUUUUAUGAAACAUAAUUGCUAUAAAUUUCAAUGUAUGGUGAAACCCACUUUGCAUACGCUUAUAAACAGACGGUAAAACUUAUACACAAAAAAAUUAAAAUAGCUCGAAAACCCGAUGUGCUAAAAAAAUGGGAAACUUUUUUUUUUAAUCAUUCUUUAAAAAUACAUCUCUGAUUCAAAUUUGCUGGUGCCCAGCGUAAUCAGCCGAAUUUCAUGGAUGACUAAAGAAAUUGGAGAAUAAUUACUGAGCUUUUGACAAUGUUAUAUUUAAAAAAGAUAUGUAAAUGAUGAAGCGAUGAGUAAAAAUAAUGACUGGUCAGGACAGUAAUUAGCUGUCGAUUGUGACACGUCUAGUCUGAAACAUUGGAAAUUAUUAUUCACAACAAAUUACACAAGACGGUUUUGUUGUCAUUUUAUGUCGGCUGGCAUUUCAGAUGCUCUAUUCCAACACCAAACAACCGUUCGGCAUGUGGAAGCUUGUUAAAUUGAUGGAUAUCCCCAAACAAGAACCCCUCCCCACCCCCGACAAAAACUUCACAAUCACUGCAUUUGAGAUGCGACUUGACAUAGUGUUGUUAGUCUUAGCGUCGUAGUAGUAGCUGUACAUUCCUCAUGUGGAUGUUUCUAUGGUAACAGAUAAGUGUGUUUGCUGUUUGGAUGAGUAAACUGUGCUGAAUUACUUUCAGAGAGUUUCACUGCCACUGUUGCCUUGGUGAUGAGUGUGCGUGUCUGUACAUGCUUGUGUGAGCGAGUAGAUGUGUUAGAUAAACUAAACCAUGCCGUAGUCCCCAAAUUAUUGUAUUCUAUUGUUUUGUGUAAAAAAUAAAUAAAUAA